CUUGAACCCUUUAGAUUUUGCACUCGCAAAUAAUUUGAGCACGGCCCUUCUGGUUCCGUGCGAGGCUAGCAAGCUGAAGGCUACACCCAACUUUCUAAGCAGCAGCGCGGCUAAAGGAGUAUGCAUUGAGACUUUCUCGUGCGUCCGCAUAGCGAGAUAUGGUACCGCUAGGCUCUAGGAGUUAUGGUUAGUGUCCGCACCUGCUAGUUGCAAACGACUAGGGCUUCAGCUGUUUUUAACCAACGCAUUUUUGUUAAGGAGGCUCUGUAUGGAGCCCCUUACAAUUUUGUGACGUUAUUGCGGAGACAAUGAAUCACCAAGGCGACGUCACCGGUAGACAACUUGAGAAUGGCCAGGAGCAUACAAUGCUCACCAGCCCAUUCCACCUAUCUACUGAAGCUGUUCAACAGCGACAAAAUUUGCCAUCGGCUGCAGUAGACGGGCCAAACAGCAAAAGCCCGCGAAGUGGACAAAAUGCAUUGGCGAUGUUUGCAGAACCUCCAUUCUCAAGCAAUGCUUCCCAGCGUCCUCACUACUUCUCACCACAAAGCCCACCUGCCGCUUCGUCAUACCGUCACCCAGCGGUUCAGCCAUGGAUCUCCCUGCCGCACACAUUGGCGCCACAUCCCCAGCAGCCUGCCGCUCAAACCACACAUCCCAGCACAGCCCCAGACCCAACCCUCACCAUCGCUCACCAAUACAACAACGCCAUCCAAGCCUACCAUCAAGACGCUUACGCCGCUGUCGAGGCUGCGGAAGGGCCGACAGCAGCGAACGCAACAGCAGCGGCUGAGGAGACUGGGGACAUGGAUUCUUGGGACCCGGUGGCUGAUUUCAUGACAUCAGACUCGGUCGAUGCGCAGGCGUCCGUUCCCCCGCUCCGACUGGAUCUGGAGGAGUUACACCAGCAGCAGCAGCAGGCGGAGGAGGUGUGGAGUGAGGAGGAGCUGCAGGUGGCGGAGGGGAGUGAGGAGGAGAAGCAGGUGGCGCAGGAGCAGCAAGCGGAGCAUGCGGUACACGAGGGGGAGGACGUGCCACACCCGCGGCAGCCCUCGCCAGUCCCUGAGACCUUCCGCCCUAGCGCCGAGCCACCGCCGGACCCCCCCCGCAUGCAGCUCCUGCUUCCCCUGGAGGACACCUCCACACCUCCUGGGGUGCCGCCGCCGCCGCCGCUGACGGCUGCGUCGCGCGACCUGCCGACGGAGGCGGCGGCGGUGCUGCGGCACCCGCAUGCAUGCCCGCUGGGAUCACCAAUGCAGCAGCAGCAGCAGCCGCUACCGCCGUCACUGGUAACGGCGGCAGCGCCGGAGCCUCAGGGUGAGGAGGAGGCCGCGGCGGCUCCGCCUUCUGCAGAGUCGCCAUCGUGCUCGCCGCCACCGCCGCCGCCGCCACCACCACCAGAGGUCAACCCGACGGUAACUCAGUACCCGCAGCUGCGCCCACCGCUAGUGGGACAGCUCGAGGUGCGGGCGGAGGCGGAGCAGCAGGAGGGGCAGGAGGCGCAGGGAGAGGAGGAAAGGCAUGGGAGGCAUGAGAGGGAUGAUGAGCAACCGCAGCAGCAGCAGCACCCAAGCGCUAGUUUGUCCAGGAGGGGUCACGCCCACCGCGUCGACGCUAUCCCUGGAGUAGCGGCGGUUGCACCGGUUGCCCCCAUCUUGCGAACCCCACCUGUUACCAGGACCCAUGCAACCGCGCCAGCAGCAGCGGCGGCUGCAACGACCGCAUCGACAGCAGCUACCGCCCAGCCCUCCGGAGCUCCCCAAGAUGCGACACAUGCGCUGUCUCCCGCCCGCCGCACCGCCCCCACGGCACGCACUCCUGCCGCGGCACCCGCACCUGCAGCGGCACCCACGAUCCCAGCACACGCAGCAACUCCUGACACGGGACGUUGCUGCGUCAUCUGCGCGGCAACCCAUGCAAACAGAUGGUGCGGCUACAAACCUGGGAAGGGGGACGCAAAGCCCCGAGUCGCCCCCCGGCCCCAGUCACACGGCGCCCAGCCCAGCAAGCGCGUGGAGCUGACAUGCAGCCGGUGCUACCAUUGGCAACGCAGGCACGGUAGCUACCCGGGUGCGGAGGAGCUGGAGGCGAGGAGGCGGAGAGAAGAGGCCGCUAACGGCAAGCCCAAGAGCGGCAAGAAGAGGGUGCGGAAGGCAGAAGACGUGCCAGCAGCUGAGGCAGCGGCGGAGGAAGAGGAAGCGGCGCCGCCAGCCCGACGUGCCGCUGCUAGCAACACGCCAGCGACGGCGGGGGCGGCGGCAGCAGCAGCACUGGCGGCCCCUCCGGCAGCAGCAGGCAUUAGGAGGUCGCGGCGGGGGAUGGUUGGGGAUAAGCGGGAACGCGGGGAGCAGGAGGAUGUAGCGAAGGAGGCAGAGGGGGAGACGGAUGACCAGGCAGGCUCGGAAACGGAGGACGAGGAUGAGGAUGAGGAGGUGAUGCGGGUACCGAUAUCUAGGCUUAAGCAAGCUUCCGGAGAGCUACCCUGCGCAAAGCGACCUCGUACGUCAAAGCCGAGUGACGGCCUGCAUGCGGUGGGGGCUCAGACGGCUGGCGGCGUUGCCGCGGCGACGGCGGCGGCAGUGAAAGAGGCAACAGCCCCUGCCAGGUCGGAUCGGCUCGAACAUGCGGCUUCGCCGCCGCCGCCGCCCCUGCCGAAGAGAGCAGCGGCGGCAAAGGCAGCCCGCGCGAUCGCAAGUCAGGCCGCCACGGAAAGCGACCACAGGACGCGUGGCGACAAAGCUGCUUCUGCCGCUUUGCCGCCUCCACCGCCACCGACGGCGGCGGAGCUCUCCGCAGCGGCCAUGCAGCCGCCCCUGCCGAAGAGAGCAGCGGCGGCAAAGGCAGCCCGCGCGAUCGCAAGUCAGGCCGCCACGGAAAGCGACCACAGGACGCGUGGCAACAAAGCUGCUUCUGCCGCUUUGCCGCCUCCACCGCCACCGACGGCGGCGGAGCUCUCCGCAGCGGCCAUGCAGCCGCCCCUGCCGAAGAGAGCAGCGGCGGCAAAGGCAGCCCGCGCGAUCGCAAGUCAGGCCGCCACGGAAAGCGACCACAGGACGCGUGGCAACAAAGCUGCUUCUGCCGCUUUGCCGCCUCCACCGCCACCGACGGCGGCGGAGCUAUCCGCAGCAGCCAUGCAGCCGCCCCUGCCGAAAAGAGCAGCGGCGGCAAAGGCAGCCCGCGCGAUCGCAAGUCUGGCCGCCACGGAAAGCGACCACAGAAUGCCUGCUGCUCGGACGGUUCCGCCGCCGCCGCCGCCGGAGGUAGCGCCAAGAGGUGCCGCUGCGGCGGCGGCCGAGGGCUGCGGCGGUCCUGGCGUUGAUGAGGGCGUCGGACGCACAGGGGCGGCGGCAGCGGCGGCGAUGGCAGGUGCCACAGGGACCGAUACUGCUGUCCGCGCUGCCGCCGCUGCCGCCGUCAGUACGGCAAUGAGAUGCGCUGUUUGCAAAAGUACGACAACGCUGAGAGGCCAUUGGGCAACACACAAGCUGGACCCAAGCCUCAAGACGUGUACUGCCUGUAGCACCUACUUCUACAAGCAUAAGUCGUACGACGGCCGGGGCGACCGCAGCGGCGUGAGGGACACAGCUGCAGCGGGGGCCGCCGCCGCCGGUACGACAAUGCAGUGCUCGGUGUGCGGCAGUGCGAAACGGCCCGCAAAGGGCUGGUUGAAGCAUAAGCAGGAUCCAAGCCUAAAAACCUGCACUACAUGUUAUAACAGCUUCUACCGCUACGGUACGUACGACAGGCGGACAGGUCGCAGCGGCAAGCGAACCAACGGCGGCGCGGACGGCGGCAGCGGCGGCAGCGACGAUCACGGGGAUGCCGCCGACGGUACGGCAGCGGACGCCGUCGCUGAGGCGGCGGGGCAGGCUGCCAACGUCGCUCCAGCUCCCAGACCCAAUGCGGCUGCUGCACCUACCACCGCCGCCGCCACCCCAGCAACCGCUGCUGCUAACGCCGCCGCUGCCCCAGCAACCACUACUGCUGACGCCGCCGCUGCCCCAGCAACCACUACUGCUAACGCCGCCGCUGCCCCAGCAAUCACUACUGCUAACGCCGCCGCUGCCCCAGCGUCCGGCGGCAGCGACCUUUUUGGUGAAAGCGAUGACGACGAAAGGGACGGCGGCGGCGGUGGUGGCGACGAUGGUGGCGACGGCGGCAGCGAACAACAGCGCACGGCCGUGGCUUCGGCGCCGGCGGUGACGCCUGCUGGAGCGUCGUCAGCACACGUCAGCGCUGGUGCCCAGCAAACUGCCGUCGCUGACGCCGCUGACACCGCACGGAUAUGCUCCGUGUGCGGAACUGCGAAUGGGGGUCGUUGGCGGCGGCACAAGGUAGAUGUACGGCUGUGGACGUGUGCUGCGUGCGCGUCGUACUUCGUGCAGCACAAGACGUACGACAAGGGGGGUGACCGAAGCGCAAGCCAUGCCGCUGGCGGCGGCGGCGACGCUGCUAACGCCGCCGCCGUUCGUACGGCAACUGCUGCCGCCGCCGCUGAGGUUACCCCGCCAACGGCCAACGCCGCCGCUGUUGCUGCAACCGGGGGCACGACAAGGCGCUGUGCCGAGUGCCGAAGCACCCGUACCUCACACGGUUGGCGGACGCACAUGCUAGACUCCAAGCUGCGUGUCUGCAGCUCGUGCUACGCCUACUUUAGGCAGCACAAGAAGUACGGCCGGAAGGUGGUGGCGGAGGACGAUGGCGGCGGCGGCGGCGGUGCUGGCGGCGGCACAGGUACGGCAGCCGCUGCCGCAGGAGCUGCGGUUGCCGCUGCUGACGGGAAGAAACAGCAGCAAGCCAAGCGAAAGGCCCCAAGCGGCACAGCACUAGCAGCAAUGCCUUCGGGUCCAUCUGUUGCUGCUACGGCUGCUGGUGCCGCUGCUGCUGGUCCGGCACCUAAGCGCUCCCGGCAGGUCCAAUCUGCAGCGCCCGGGAACGCACCAAAGCCGGGUUUGCCGGAAACGGCGUCGCCGUCGGGCAUAGAAACGGCCUCCAACACGACCCGUUCCGGCGCUCCGUUUAGAGGCAGGGACGGGGCGGCUAUCAAGGCGACGGCGGUGGGUGGCAGGAGGGUUGCAACGCCACGAUUACCGGCGUCGCCACCGGCAGGCCGGCGAUUCACGCGGAGCGCAGCCGCGCCAGCGAUGGAUGUGGCGGUGGCGGUGGAGGAGGGGGAGAUCUGCCUGGGGACUCCUCCACCCGCUCUGGACACAAGCGCACGUGUGGUUGCCGCUGCUGCCACUGCUACUGCUGCUGCUGCUGUGGCUGCUGGAAACGCAGACGCAUCGGCGGUGAUGGAAGUCGAGGUGCAGCAAGCGCCGUCGCACGGCCCAUUGUCGGGUGCUGAGGGUCCGGUCUGUGGCCAGGCUGAGGGUUCUGCGACGGCGGCGGCGACUGUGGCGGCGCCGACUGACCCGUGGGACUAUUUGGAGCUGCAGACCGCUUUAUUUCGGUUCCGUGAGCUGCUGGGGAGCACGUGCCGGGUGGGUGAAGGCUGUGGCGGGGCAUUGCUUGGAGAUUCGUGUGCCUGGGGCUCGAUCCGGUUGAUCCGGUUUUGUGCCAAUAAUGCGCUGUUUGCGCUAUGACCUGUGCUGCUGCUGCUUCUCCUUUCACUACUUCUGAUGUCUUGCGCAGUUGCGCCUACACCGCUGCCGAUGCUUACAUUGAUGCUUCUUCUUCUUCUUCUUCUUGUUCGGCGACGUUACCCCACUCGCCCGCUCCUGUGUUGCCGUACAGUCGCUGGUAGAUCUGGAGAGCCAGCACAGCGUGGGGCUGCUGGGCGGACCCACGGGUCAGCAGCAGCUCCUAAACCCCUUUCCCGGCGCGAACCCGCUUGGCGGCGCCGCUGCUGGUGCUGUUGCGGGUCAGAUGCGCCCCGAAGAGGCGCCGCAGCCGCCCGGGGGUGCUCUUGGAGCCUCCUGGGAGUCGGUUGUACGGUUCAUGUACGACAAGCUGUGCGGGGGGAAUGCUGGGCUGAGGGCGCAUUUCCUGGCGGAUUUUGUGAUCCGGAGAUUACAGGGCCGAGUGUGGUCACGCCCGCUGGCGCUCAUCUUCGGCCCCCGGGCGGCCCAACUGGGGUUUGACGGAGAGGGGCCGCCCUCGUUGUCGCCGGAGCAAAAGCUGCUGUGGGCCGUAUCGCAGCGGAAGAUCUCAGAAGACAUGGCGAAGGCAGUGGCGGCGGCAAUGGCCCAUGGGUCGGCGUCGCCCGACGCCAGCAGCAGCACCAGUGCCAUUGACGCGUCGGGCGCCGGCGGCGCCGCCAAUGCCGCGCAGCCUGGUGCUUUAACCGCCGCCGCCGCUACCUCUUCCGUCGCGACCGACGCCGUUGGGCCUCAGCUCAGUGAUCCAUUCAUCACUCCAGAUCUGAUUCAGCACCUCGAGUAUACGGCACAUGACGUGGCGAUGGAGUUGUCCACGCUGCUUCUUGGGUUCACGCCGGCCCCGCCGCAGCUCCCAGCGGCAGGGGAUGCGGCGGCGGCGGCUGUAGCGGGGCUGCCGUCAUCGCCGCUACCGCAGCCCCUGGGAACGACGUCAGCGGCUGCUGCAGCUGCAGGGGGAGCUCCGCCAGCUGCGGCAAAGCUUUAUAUCACCGGCGGCGCCAGAGGAUGCGAGGGCGGCGAGGGAUUCCCUGCAAACACCGGUGGCAGGGGUCCGACGGGAACCUCAACUGAUGUAGCGAUGUCGAUGCCCACGGAAGCCGUCGUCGCCGCCGCCACCGCCACAGCAGCCACAGAUGAAGAUCCUGACGCUGCCGCUGCUGUUGCUGACCUGGACGGGGAGGUCAGGGACGUCAUCAAGCAGCUUCAUGUGCUGGUGCUAUCGGCACUGCGGCUGGGGCUGCUGGUGAAAGCCGCGCCAGAGCGCUUGGAGAUGCAGAUCGCGGCACCGGAUGACACCUAUACUGACCUACUCGAAGCGCGGGCGGCGGCGGCGGCGGCGGCAGCUUGUACGAGCGAGGAUGGUGAUGACGACGCGGGCGUACGAUCGGUCCCGGCGGAGGCGGUUCAGAUGUUGUACUCGUACGUCGACGCUGACGGAGGUACCGACGGGGCUGGCGGCGACGGCGGCGGCGGCAGCAGCGGCAGCGGCGGCACUGCGGCGAACGCUGCCGAGGUUGCCGGUCGCAGCACCAGCAACAACAAUAUUAACGACGUGACGGCGGCGGUGGU